AUGGAAGACAGUAACAGUCCCCCAAUAGCAUCCUACAUUAUGGAUGAAGAGACGCUGAAAAGGAAGCAGAAAGAGAAGCUGAAGAAGUUAAUGGCCACCGGGGGCAACCCUCGACCAGCUCGCUCCCUCUUCCUCUUGACACUGAAGAACCCCUUUCGCAAAGCCUGCAUCAGCAUCGUGGAAUGGAAACCUUUUGAAAUUAUCAUCCUAUUGGCCAUCUUUGCCAACUGUGUGGCCCUGGCUGUGUACUUGCCAAUGCCGGAGGAAGACAGCAACAACACCAACAGCAAUCUGGAGAGCCUGGAGUAUAUCUUCCUCUUCAUCUUCUCUGUAGAGUGUUUCCUGAAGAUAGUAGCAUAUGGGUUUCUCUUUCAUGCAGAUGCAUACUUGAGAAACUGUUGGAACAUACUGGACUUUGUUUGUGUUUCUGUUGGAUUGUUCUCUGUGGCGGUGGAUGCAGUCAACCAGAUCAGUGGGAUUGAGGCCCCAGUAGGAGAGAAAGGUGGUGGAGGUUUUGACAUGAAAGCCCUCCGUGCAUUCAGAGUCCUGCGACCACUCAGACUAGUCUCUGGAGUCCCGAGUCUCCAGGUGGUGAUGAACUCCAUCCUGAAGUCCAUGUUGCCUCUGUUCCACAUCACCUUACUAGUGUUCUUCAUGGUCACCAUCUACUCAAUCAUGGGUUUGGAGCUCUUCAAGUGUAAGAUGCAUAAGACCUGUUACUACAUAGGCACAGACAUCAUUGCCACUGUGGAAAAUGACAAGCCAGCUCCAUGUGCCCAAGCAGGGAAUGGUCGACGCUGCAGCAUCAAUGGUACCGAGUGUCGAACUGGCUGGCCUGGCCCAAACCAUGGUAUCACUCACUUUGACAACUUAGGCUUCUCCAUGCUCACUGUCUACCAGUGCAUCACUACGCAAGGCUGGACUGAUGUCCUGUACUGGGUGAAUGAUGCCAUAGGAAUGGAAUGGCCAUGGAUUUAUUUUACCACACUGAUCCUGUUCGGUUCCUUCUUUGUACUCAACCUCGUUCUUGGUGUGCUCAGUGGUGAGUUCACUAAGGAGCGAGAGAAGGCCAAGUCCCGUGGAGAGUUCCAGAAACUGAGGGAGACCCAACAGCUGGAUGAGGACCUGAAGGGCUACAUGGAGUGGAUCAUGCAGGCUGAGGUGAUAGAUAAUGACCAAGAGGGACAGGGCUUGCUCCCCCAUGAGGAUAGAGGUUCAGAGACAGGGAGCAUCAGCAAAAUGGACACCAUGCAGUGGAUUAUCUACUACUAUAAACAGGCACGCAAGUGGAACCGUUUUGUUCGGUCUAAGUGUCGUUCAUAUGUGAAGUCUAAAACGUUCUACUGGUGGGUGAUCCUGCUGGUCUUUCUCAACACACUGGCCAUAGCCACUGAACACCACCAGCAGCCCCAGAAGCUGACUGACUGGCAAGAGAGCGCUAAUAAGCUGCUGCUGACCAUGUUCGCCAUUGAGAUGUUUGUGAAGAUGUAUGCACUCGGGCUACCUUCGUACUUCAUGUCUUUAUUCAACCGCUUUGACUGCUUUGUGGUGUCCGCUGGCAUGGUGGAGCUCGUCCUGGUCCACAUGGACAUCAUGUCUGUCAUGGGCAUCUCCGUGCUGCGCUGCAUACGACUGCUGCGACUCCUCAAAGUCACCAAGUACUGGACAUCUCUCAGCAACCUGGUAGCUUCCCUGUUGAACUCGGUGCGGUCCAUUGCCUGCUUGCUCCUGCUUCUCUUUCUUUUCAUCGUCAUCUUCUCCCUGCUGGGCAUGCAGGUGUUCGGGGGGAAAUUCAAUUUCAACUCUCAGCCCAAACCUCGCAGCACCUUUGACAGCUUCCCUCAGGCCCUCAUCAGUGUGUUCCAGAUCUUGACAGGCGAGGACUGGAAUGCAGUAAUGUAUGACGGCAUCAUGGCUCAUGGAGGACCCAGCAUGCCAGGGAUCUUGGUCAGCCUCUACUUCAUCAUCCUCUAUGUCUGUGGAAACUUCAUCCUGCUGAAUGUCUUCCUGGCCAUUGCUGUGGACAACUUGGCAGAGGCAGAGUCUCUAACUUCAGCCCAGAAGGAGAAAGCAGAAGAGAAAAAACGCAAGAAAAUGCAAAGGGCCAACAUGCUGGAUAAGACCGCGGAGGAGAAGGCACUCCUGGCUAAGAAGCUGGCUGAGCAGAGGGCCAAGGGUAUUGAGGGCAUUCCUACCACUGCCAAGCUCAAAAUAGACGAGUUUGAGUCAAAUGUGAAUGAGAUCAAAGACCCUUUCCCUCCAGCGGACUUCCCCGGUGAUGAUGAGGAAGAGGAUCCUGAAAUACCAGAAAGUCCAAGACCUCGUCCAAUGGCGGAUUUGCAACUGAAGGAGGAAUCAGUGCCAAUGCCAGAAGCCAGCUCAUUUUUCAUCUUUGGCCCUCAGAACAAGUUCCGUAAACUGUGUCACCGUAUCAUCAAUGCUACUACCUUCACCAACAUCAUUCUCCUCUUCAUCCUCCUGUCCUCCAUCUCUCUGGCUGCUGAAGAUCCCAUUGAUCCCAUGUCCUUCAGAAAUCAGGUCCUGGCGUAUGCUGAUAUAGUCUUCACCACGGUGUUCACAGCGGAGAUUGUACUUAAGAUGACCACGUAUGGUGCCAUUCUACACCAAGGGUCCUUCUGUCGGAACUCUUUCAACAUCCUGGACCUGCUUGUCGUCAGUGUGUCGCUCCUCUCAAUGGGCAUGGAGUCCAGUGCCAUCUCAGUGGUUAAAAUACUCAGGGUGCUCAGGGUCCUUAGGCCCCUCAGGGCCAUAAACAGAGCUAAGGGACUCAAGCAUGUGGUCCAGUGUGUGUUUGUAGCCAUCAAGACCAUUGGAAAUAUUGUCCUGGUUACCAUGUUACUGGACUUCAUUUUUGCUUGUGUUGGAGUUCAGCUCUUCAAGGGCACAUUCUACACCUGCACAGAUCCUGACCAAAUGACCGAGGAAACAUGCAAAGGUUGGUAUAUAAAAUAUCAAGAGGGGACGCUUUUUGACAAGGAGGUUCGUAAGAGAGAGUGGAUCAACUCAGAGCUUAACUUUGACAAUAUCCUCAAUGGCAUGCUGGCUCUCUUCACCGUCUCUACCUUCGAGGGAUGGCCAAAGCUACUAUACAAAGCCAUUGACUCCAACCUAGAGGACACAGGCCCGGUGUACAACAAUCGUGUGGCAAUUUCAGUCUUCUUCAUCAUCUACCUCAUCCUCAUCGCUUUUUUCAUGAUGAAUAUCUUUGUGGGCUUUGUGAUCGUUACUUUCCAAGAGCAAGGCGAGCAGGAGUACAAGAACUGUGAGCUGGACAAAAACCAGCGCCAGUGUGUCCAGUAUGCCUUGAAGGCACGGCCUCUGCGCUGCUACAUCCCCAAGAACCAGUACCAGUACAAGGUGUGGUACAUCGUCACUUCCUGCUACUUCGAGUACCUCAUGUUUCUCCUCAUUAUGCUCAACACCAUGUGUCUUGGGAUGCAGCACUGUAACCAGUCAGACCACGUGACCUACUUGUCAGACAUGCUGAACGUGAUCUUCACAGUCCUCUUCACCGUAGAGAUGGUCCUGAAACUCAUGGCUUUCAAAGCUAAGGGCUACUUUGGAGAUCCCUGGAACGUGUUUGAUUUUGUCAUCGUGGUUGGCAGUGUUGUUGAUGUUACUCUAAGUGAGAUUGACGCGGCGCUGGCCUCCUCGGGAGGGCUGUACUGUCUCCAUGGCUGCACUGAAGUGGAUCCAAUGCAAGCGAUUGCGUCCUCUGAGAACAUGAGUGUGUCCAUCACAUUCUUCAGACUGUUCCGUGUCAUGCGUCUGGUAAAACUGCUUAAUCGCUCUGAGGGAAUACGGAAUCUUCUGUGGACCUUUAUUAAGUCCUUCCAGGCCCUGCCCUAUGUAGCCCUGCUCAUCCUCAUGCUGUUCUUCAUUUAUGCUGUGGUGGGGAUGCAGAUAUUUGGGAAAAUUGCCUUGGUAGAUGGGACAUACAUGAACAGAAACAACAACUUCCAGACCUUCCCACAAGCUGUGCUGCUAUUAUUCAGGUGUGCCACAGGUGAGACAUGGCAUGAAGUGAUGCUGGCCUGCAUGUAUGGGAAGAGGUGUGAUCCAAAGUCAGACUACCUGCCUGGGGACGAAUACACCUGUGGAGCCAACUUUGCCAUUGUGUAUUUCAUGAGCUUCUACAUGCUCUGUGCCUUUCUGAUCAUUAACCUCUUUGUGGCUGUCAUAAUGGACAACUUUGACUACCUGACACGUGACUGGUCCAUCCUUGGCCCUCAACACCUCGAUGAGUUCAAGAAAAUCUGGGCAGAGUAUGAUUCUGAUGCCACGGGACGUAUUAAGCACCUGGAUGUGGUAACACUUUUGCGGAGGAUCCCUCCUCCUCUGGGCUUUGGCAAGUUCUGCCCCCAUCGUAUUGCCUGCAAGAGACUGGUCUCCAUGAACAUGCCACUCAACAGUGAUGGAACGGUCACCUUUAAUGCCACACUUUUUGCACUGGUCAGGACUGCUCUGAAAAUCAAGACUGAGGGUAAUUUUGAACAAGCCAAUGAAGAGCUGAGGGCUAUCAUCAAAAAGAUUUGGAAGCGAACCAGCAUGAAAUUAUUGGAUCAGGUCAUCCCACCAAUAGGAGAUGAUGAGGUGACAGUAGGGAAGUUCUACGCCACUUUCCUAAUCCAGGAUUACUUCAGGAAACUGAAGAAGCGACAGGAAGAGUAUUAUGGCCACCGGCCAACCAAGAAGAAUGCAACCAAUGAGAUACAGGCUGGUCUGAGGAACAUUGAGGCAGAGGAGGAGGAGGCAGCUCCAGAGCUUCACAGGGCAAUUUCAGGAGAUCUGAUAACUGAAGAGGAAACAGAGCGAGAAAUUAAUGAUGCAAUAGAGGAGAGCGUCUUCAAGAGACAAGGUGGUCUGUUUGGAAACCAUGAGGAUCCUUUUUCCAUUGAAAGUGAGAAAGUCAAUGGCUGCCAGGUGACCAGUCAGCGACCACUACAAAUGACAGACGGGGCCAAUAUCAACAGCAAUCCCUGGAAACUGGAGAUUGAACAGGCUGCCAUCGAAGCGGUAACGGAUGUUGACUUUACCAUGUACCUUGCUGCAAGCCUUCUCCGUGAGCUGUCGUACUGCAAAGAUCAUAUCGGCGGUCCCUGUGUGGGAUCGAAAACCGCUUUGGGAUUCGGGGAGAAUUUCUUCAGCCAGGGUGGUGAAGCGGUGGGCAGAGCUGUUGACACUCAGACUGUGGCUAUAAACCGCAAUAUGGAUAACAUCAUGGAGAAGCUUACAGCUUUGCAAAGGCAAAUGGAUUGUUUCGGAGACCAAAAUGGACAAGGAGCGUAG